AUGCCGGCAGGUUUGCACUGGUUUUCCCAGGAUUUUCGUCUCGAGUCCCGAUCCUUUCUCCAACGUCGGGUUUUCCGGCUCGCUAAAAGUCGCCAGCCUGACCAAGUCGGACAGUUGACCGCCCUGUCGACUUGUAGAAUUGCUCUUGAGGAGGACUUGGCCCCUGGCAUGGGCAGGCCAUGGCUGCCCCUCAGGAUGCCCUGCAGCUCUGGGUUGGCCUCCAGGAGUCAUGAACAAGACCUGAACGAGACCAAACCUGUGCAGAUGACGUUCAAGGAGGCAAAUUUUAACAUGACCUACAUUGGAGACUUCCAGACCAAAAUCCUGGAGCUCCCCUAUGUGGGUAAUGAACUGAGCAUGAUCAUCCUGCUCCCUGAUGCAAUCCAGGAUGGCUCCACAGGCUUGGAAAGACUUGAAAGAGAACUUACAUAUGAGAAGCUGAUGGGUUGGAUCAGUCCAGAAAUGAUGAAGUCUGCACACGUGGGGGUGUCUUUACUCAGAUUUUGGCUGGAAGAAGAUUAUGAUCUGAAACCUAUUUUAAGAAGCAUGGGAAUGCCUGAUGCAUUUGAGUUGGGCAAAGCAGACUUUUCAGGAAUCUCAACUGGUAAUGAGCUGGUGCUGUCUGAAGUGAUUCACAAAUCCUUUGUGGAAGUCAAUGAAGAAGGCACUGAAGCAGCUGCUGCCACUGGGCUGGUAAUGAAUUACUGUGCAAUGAUAGUUCCAGAAUUCACUGCUGAUCAUCCUUUCCUCUUCUUCAUCUGGAAAAACAAAACUUGCAGCAUUUUUUUCUGUGGCAGAUUUUGCUGUCCCUAAGGAGGAAAUAUCUUGGCUGCAUAGAUGCCAUCACACAAUAAAUUUGUAUUUCCCUGGAA